AUGGAUGUACCGUAUCUUCGCGACAACCCUCAUCUGGGUGAGCAUCGUCUCGCCUUCAACCUAUCUGCAAGGAUACCUAGCCACAAGACAUUUGCUUCGAUAUUUACAUUGGAGAGUGGAGAGAUGCUCGAUACCCGAGAUGCCCUGGCCGGGUCCUUUCCAGGCAUCUCUCUGGAAAUCAUUCAUACCAUCUUCCAGCAGCUUGACCUGGCCUCUCUCGCAAAUCUCGGAGCCACCAGCAAGGGCAUGCAACGCCUAGUCUCGAGUCUGCCCAAGCUUGUUGCUUUGAUGCACUGCGCACCAGACGCCAUCAGGGCAAUCAAUGCGGCCAAGGCUGGCCGCCUGCUCGUUUGCUCCGACAUGUAUGAAAAACUCCUCCAACCAACCUGUGACCAGUGCGGAGAUCCAGGAGAAUUUCUUCACAUCUUUCGUUGCGAAAGACUCUGCAACCACUGCCUCACCACUGUUGAGCAUUACCGCGCUCUACGUCCCAGUGAGGCUGUGGCACAGUACGCACUGAAUCGCAACGAUGUUUAUGCGUUUCCUAGCCUUCGAGUACCCGCCUACUCAGACGAAGCAUUUGAUGAGCGCCGCUUCUUUUUCCGUCAAGUCAAUACCUCAGGAUGGAAAUUGAUUGACCCGGAAGAUGUAUUCCGCCUCAGUAUCAAGACCCACGGCUCAGUCGACGAAGCCAGACGACGAGGCUAUGAAAAACUAGGAAAACUACUUAUGACUGGAGGCUUCUAUCAUAUUACGCCUGAAGAUUGGCUGGAAGCAAGCAUUCAACUCCGCCCACAGAUCUCGCUGCGCCACGCUGGUGAACCAUCCGAGGUCUUCAAGGGUCGCCUCAUAGCUCACCUCCCACCCGGCGUUGAGUCUGCCUGCUCGCAUGCUUCGCUGGGUAUGUGCCUGUACAAGGGUGUUAUUACUGCGCUCCAGGUCGCGAUGAGCACAUGGCCCGACGGGGUGAAGUUAUUGAUGGUACUCACGUGA